AUGUUUUAGUUUGGAGCUCAAAAAUAAAUUGCAUAGAUAAUUGUAACAAGUGCAUAUCUUGAUAUUACUGUGAGAAGGAAUGCAGUGUAAAUUAUGAAUUGGACUAAAGUUAUAAAUGUAAAUUAAUAUGUUAAGAGUAAUUUUAAUAAAUGUUCAAGCUUUACUAUUUUUGGAUCAUAUGAUGGAUAUAAAUUCAAAAAUGGAUCAUGUACAAUGGCUGUGCUUAAAGUCUAGAAACAAUACAUCAUCUACAGCAACUAACAUCAUAUUUUGUGA